CCUCUAGCGUUCAGUCUCAACCCCAUCGCAGCCCUGAGAGCCGCCGUGGCUGACGCCCGCGAUGCUGCUGUCCCUGCUGUGGGCCGUGGGCCUGCUGCCCAGCUGCCUGGCCCUGCCGCUGCCCCCGGAGGCGGAGAGCACGAGGGAGCUGCCACGGGAACAGGCUCAGGACUAUCUCAUGAGAUUUUAUCUUCUUGACUCAAAAAGAAAGGAUGCCAACAGUUUCAGAGACAAGCUCCAGGAAAUGGAGAAAUUCUUCCAUCUACCUGUCACUGGAAAGUUAAACUCUCGCAUCAUAGAAAUAAUGCAGAAGCCCAGAUGCGGCGUGCCAGAUGUUGCACAAUAUUCACUAUUCGCAAAUAAGCCGAAAUGGACUUCCAAAGUAGUUACAUACAGAAUUGUAUCAUAUACUUCAGACUUGCCACGUGCCAAAGUGGAUGAAAUAGUGGCAAAAGCUUUAAGCCUGUGGAGCAAGGAGAUCCCACUGAGCUUCAGGAGAAUUAGGUUUGGAACAGCUGAUAUAGAGAUUGGCUUCGCGAGAGGAGCUCACGGAGACUUAAACCCGUUUGAUGGACCCGGAAACGUGCUGGCUCACGCCUUCCCGCCUGGGCCCGGCCUGGGCGGAGAUGCCCACUUCGACCAGGACGAGCUCUGGACCGACGGCAGCAGCCUAGGAAUCAACUUCCUAUACACUGCGACUCAUGAACUCGGGCACUCUCUGGGGCUGGGUCACUCGGCUAACCCCAACGCUGUGAUGUACCCGACAUAUGGAAGCGGAGAUCUCGAACGUUUCCAGCUGGCGUGGGAUGACGUUGAAGGCAUUCAGGAAUUAUAUGGAAAGAGAAGUAAUGAAAGAAAGAGAUAGAAACUUCAGAAAGAAUAUCCGCUCACUCAGCCAUUGGGUUCCACGUCAGCAUCCCCCAGAUUGAAUGAACAAACCCUUCCUGUGCUCCGUUCAGCACUUACUUCACUCUUCCUCGGUUGCGGCAGCUUCGGACGGUGCUUCCUGCCUCUGAGGACAAAUUCCCGCAGGACGUGACUUGGUCUUCCGCCGGGUAACUGUCUUGCAGCCACAUUCAGCUGAUAGACAUCAGUAAAUAAAUGAUGUACACAAAAAUAA